AUGUCUACUACAACCACCAUUACAGCGACUGAAUAUAUCCCCCGCGGCCCUGUCGAAGCGGAAUUCCUCUUCUACGCUCCCCCCGCCGACAACUCCGCGCCCUACAACUAUGUCCAGUCCCCGCCCCCAGGCGUCCCCCAGAGAAACUACCAACAAGUCCCACACAAAGUGACCGUAGACGACAUCCGCGGCCACGAAGCAGAGUACACGCUCGACGGCGACGCAUUCCAAGUUCUGCAGAACGUGGCUACUGCAACGUCGUAUGCCACUUUUGAUGAUGAUGAAGCCGUGCAGAGAAUCUAUUACCCCGAGGUUGAGAAACUGCUGCUCGAUAACGUCCCCGGGUCUCAUAAGAUCGUUAUAUUCGAUCACACGAUUCGCAGACAAGGGCGCAAUGCGCCCCGACAGCCCGUGAACCAGGCCCACGUCGACCAAACCGACAAAGCCUCCUUCGACCGGGUCAAACUACACGUUCCCGACGCGGCGGAGGCCGAGAAACUCCUCGCUGGCCGAUACCGCAUUAUCAACGUCUGGAGACCGCUGAACGGGACUGUGGUUUCCUUGCCGCUUGGGUUUGCGGCUGCGUCGUCUGUCGAUGCGGAGGAGGAUCUGGUGCCUGUUCAGCACCGGUAUCCGAACCGGACGGGCGAGACGAUGGGGGUGAAGUAUAAUGCGGCGCAGAGGUGGAAGUAUCUCUCUGGCAUGGAGACUGAGGAGAGGCUGUUGUUGAAGUGUGCGGAUAGUAAGGAGGGGGUUGGGAAGAGGGUGCCGCAUUCGGCGUUUGCGGAUCCGAGGACGCCGGAGGGGGCGAGACCGAGGGAGAGUAUUGAGGUGAGGGCUUUGGUGUUUGGGUAG